AACGCAUUCGAAGUUCGAACGCGCUGGCUUCGGACGUAAGGCGUCCUUCAGUUUGGCGGGACAUAAAUCAAAUUUGGAACGUCAUUUAAAAAAAAAUAUCUUAAUGUUGCGUUCAUUAUAAAAUUUAAACUAAAUACGUUUGAGUGAUUAUAAAAUUAAAUUAGAACUGUUUAUUAUUUAAAAAUAAUAUAUUGUGGUGUGUUAAAUUCAAAUUCGCAUAUAAUUAAUUUAUAAAUUCAAUUGUUUAAAUUUUAUGUGAUGAUCUAAUUUUAUAUUUCAAAAGAGAUUUUCUUGUUUCUGUUACAAAUAAAAAUAAGUGUGUUAUGAAAACAAUAAUUAUUAUUGUUAAAUUUGGUAUAAACAAUAAAUUCGUUUGGACAUAAAAAUGUUAAUCUUUGCCAUAUUUUUGAUAUUGGUAUCUUCAAGUUCGGCGUACGUUUUAGAAGAAGAGUGCCUUAACUACACAGUGUAUCCAGUGCAAUACGAAUUGACUCUGAUCCCUCAUGUAUAUAAGGACGGAAAUUCAUAUUACGAUUGUGAUUUAGUGAUAACAAUAAUUGCAAAUGGACCAAAUGUUAAUAUAAUUGAACUGGAUGCGAAGGAUUUGGAAAUUAAACGCGAUUCCGUACAAGUUUUGGAUGGAAAUGUGAAUUUAGUAAAUGAAUAUAGACCUUAUGAGUUUGAUAAUAGUAGAGGAAAGUUGUUUAUUUAUUUGAGAGAGCCUCUUAAACAAUACAGUUUGUCUAGGCAGCAGUAUUUUAUAAGGAUUUCCUUUCUGAAGAGAUUGAGUUCGGAAAGCGAUGGCAUAUUUCUUGUACAAUACGAUGAAGACGGCAAGCAACAAUAUCUCUUCACAACUCGCCUUUCACCGAACAAGGCCAAAUACUUCUUCCCGUGUUUCGACAACCCGCAGUUUGAGGCAGUAUUCAAGUUCAAGGUGUACGUGACGUCACCACACCCCAGCCUGCAGUACUGCAACACGAGCCUAGUGAUCGCCGACGAACAGAAACGACAACAAUCGAACGGUUAUACAAUAAUCGAGUAUAUACCUUCCCCACAAGUAGCAUUAUACCAGGUUGGUUUCCACCACUCCAAAUUCGGCAGUCGGCAGACCACAGCGAAGAAGACCAACGAUACUCUAGUCAUCUGGGCACCUGGAUCUACUUUGAAGCAUUACGAUUUCAUAUUAGUGUAUGGAGAAACUAUAAUCAACUUGAUCCAUGAAUACGCAGCGAUCAAUAGACCACUUGUCAAUGGACCCAUAAACGUAGUGUCUGUGCCGAGAAUAUUACAUGGCUAUGAGAUUGGUAGCUGGAAUUUGCUUACUAAUAGUGACACAAGAUUAGCUUACAUCAACGAAUUGACGAGCAUAAAGCAAAUGGAGAGGAUGAAGUUUGAGCUGGCUCAGCAGUUGAGUCGGAUAUGGCUGGGUAACCCAGGGGAGGUUCAGCGAACGAGAUGGAAAGAAGAAUGGUUUAAAGAGGGCGUUGCUGGUUACUUAGCAUAUUAUUUGUUAACUCAAUACAAUAACGGAAUGGUAUCAUACAAGCAAAGGCUACCAAUCGGUAUAUAUGGAUUGGAAAUGAAACACAAAGCUAUGGCCAUAGACUGGGCUCAUACUACACCAGCACUUGCAUCUUUCAAUAGAACAUUAGCUAUCGAAAUACCAAAUAGAUACAAAGAUCUGGUGACAACGAAGACAGCUUCGUUGUUGUGGAUGGUUGAGAAUUGGAUUGGAACGGAAAAGUUUCAUCAGGCUCUGGUGAACUAUAUCAAUAGCAGAAGAGGCAAAGACAUAUCCCUUAUAGACUUUAUGGCUAGCCUUGACCAUGACACGGUUGAAUGCUUCCAUCAAUUCUUCAACGGAUCUACUUCAUCCAGGGUGUUGAACUCUUGGUUCCAUCAGUCCGGGUAUCCUGUUGUAAACGUUCUGGUCCUGAGGGAUAGGACACCUAACGCAGUGCAGAUGAAGCAGGUCAGAUUCAGUUACAUCGAAAAAGAUAGAGUCGACUCUAACUACCUCAUCCCCAUCUCUUACAUCGUUCAGCACAACCAGAACUGUUUCAACUGCUUCCAACCGAGGUUCACUAUCGGAAGCCAGACAUACACCUUCCGUGAAAACCUUAAUGGUGGUUGGAUUAUAUUGAAUAGAAAUGCUUCAGGAUACUACAGAGUUAAUUAUGAUGAAGAGACAUGGCGACUGAUUGCUAAGGCGUUACAGGACGACCAUACAUUUAUAGAUGAACUGAACAGAGCACAAAUCGUAAACGACGUGUUCGCAUUGUUUGCGGCUGGCAGCUUACGUGAAGACAUUGCACUAGAAGUAUUGGAUUACUUAAACAAGGAACUCAGUCACGUGGUGUGGGAGUCAGUAGUAUCUGGCUUCGAUUUACUGAAGACUGAAGGAGUUAAGAUGACUCGAACUCUGUAUGAAGAAUGGAAGGAAUUCAUGCAAACCAAAGUGUCCGUGAUAUACAAGAGACUGACCAUGAGUCUAGAGCAGCACAGCAACGUCAGACUGUUCAGAAGUACGAUAGUACAGUUCGCGUGCUCCGUCGAGUACGAGCCGUGCUUGCUCGAGAUGAACCAGCAGUAUCGGGAACAAAUACGCUCUAAUAAGAGGCUUAAUCCAGAUUAUCGUGAAACAUUCUACUACUACUUCUUCUCGGGAGGCAAAAGUAAUAUUGGUGGGAAUUUGAGCAGAUGCGAAUUAGAAGACAAAACCAGCGCUGAACAUUUGUGGCGAUUGGAAAACAAAUUUUUGUACAGAAUUCCAAAAGGGGAGCCAAAGCCUCUGCCAAUUAUGAAAUCUACCACGACAACUACGACAACAGAGAUUCCAAUUACGCCGUCACCAAUCCCAACAGGCAGAGGAGUUGUAGCAUUUAUUCCGUUUACUACUUUAUUAAGUGCAGUUCUAAUUUUAAUAACAUUAAUGUAAGUGAUACAGUAUAAUAAUAAAAAAAUGUAUUAAUUAUUAUCUUUAAAUAAACACUGCCUAAAAAUAUCUAAUAAUAAAAUGUUAUUCAAUAUUGUUUAUUAAUAAAGUUUAAAUUUAGGAUAGGUAUUUGUAUUAGGUAUAAAUUUAAUUUAUUAUACUUACUGUAUGCCAUAUAGAUGUGGGUUAAGUGGGACCUCAUAAAAUAAAAGGACGCACAAUCAUGUAGAAAAUUUCACUUAAAAACUGACCAAAUUUACUUUGACAGUUUUAGAAUUAUUGCUAAAGAAAAUUAUACCUAAUGGCCUUUAAAUAUAGUCCGAUAUUCAAUAAAAUCCCAAAUUCAGAGCAAAUUCAACCUUAAGAAUUGAAUUUUAAGGUUGAAUUUGCUAAUGCAAGUACAUGAAUUGAGUGCCAAGAAGUUGUGUUUGGCACUCAUUGAGUGGGGACGUUUAUGAUCGCUGAUUGUGCAUCCACUAUUUAAUAGGAGAUCGAUGGGGUGAUCGUUUGAUUGAAUUGGAUGCAUUUAUCUUUUAGAUGGUGACCAUGCUUAGCGUUGGUUUUUGAUGGAGUUUUUUAUCAUAACACUUGUAUUUAUUUUUCGUAUAUUAUAGAAUGGUCAUCACCUAAAAAUAUUAAAUAAUUAAUAUUAUUUAAAAUUAUGAUAUUUUUGUUUAAUAUUUUUCAAAUAAAUGUUUUAAUAAUCUGUAAUGCAAUGGUGUGUGUGAUUCCGACUGUAUGACAAAUUGUGCCAUUUUAGUGCCUUAUUCAAUAAUAAUAAUGUAAUGAGAUAUGUCUAAAUAAAUUCUAAUAAUUAUUAUAAAUCCGAAAGUCGGUUUGUCUGUUAUCAAUGCACGCUGAACCGGUUUCGAUGAUUUUUUAUAAAAAGAUAUGUAUAUUGUACCUGUAUUAGAACAUUUGUUACUUUAUGACCCGAAAAAAUUCAUAGAGUAGCAGGCGUCAGGCAGUUUAUAACACAAUCAUUGUUCAUACUAAUAUUAUAAAGGCGAAAGUUUGUGUGUGUGUAAGUAUGUUUUUUACUACUUCACGUCUCAGCUACUGAACCAAUUAUGCUGAAAUUUAGAAUGGACGUAGGUUUUACGCUAGAUUACUUUAGAUCUGGAAAAAAGUCACGGUUCCCCUGGGAUUUGUAAGACACCGUAUUUCACGCAAAUGGAGUCGCGGGCAUUCGCUAGUUUUUAUAACUUCUAGUCUAUAGUUUUUAAGGAGGUCGUAAAUAAACAAGUAAUUUACUUAUUCCUAUAAUAUAAUUUAAUGUUAUUUAUUUUAAUGUAAUAAUAUUAUGUACAUAAUGUUAAGAUUUAUUUAUAAAUCAUACAUUUUACUAUUGUAAUUAUUAAGCUUUAUUAAAAAUAAAAUAUACCUAAUUAAUAACAUA